UAGCUGUGGAGAUAGUAUAGUUUUUUUUUUUAAUAUGCAUAUUUACUUAUUAAUUUAGUUUUUAUAAUGUAUUUGAUCCGAAAAUAAUGUUCUUCGUUUAAUUUAUGUUUUAAUCGAUACUAAUUCGGUUCGUGUAAGUUCGUAUGUUUUGAACUGAGCUAACGUACAUAUUUCCUGUUUUAACAUUACUUGACUCAGAAGCAGUGGAAUCAAAGUACAGUUAGCGACAGUGUAUUUUAUGUACAAACGAUAAGAGGACAAAGGGAAGAAACGAUUACACCAACAUCCAGUUUGGAUGCAGGGGCAAAAAUACAAUUUAAUAGAAGGGCACUAGCGAGAAGACGUGUUAGUUUGAAUUAGUGUGCCGAGGUUAUGCACAUAUCGACAGUGCUGUGUGUGGUGUUUCUUCAACACCAGUUGGUGACGGGGUUUCCUGUACCGGGGAGCGAUCAUGGCCACCUUAUUGAGAUCGGAGACGCAGUGACCAGUUUGAGGGCUCAGUUUGGCAGGAGAAACCUGACGUGUUCUCUGUGCAAAACUGUCUUCACUGCCAUCGACAUCGCGCUGCAGAAUGAGGCAAACAUGGACCGAGUUGCUACAGUGGCAGAGGAGGUCUGUAUCAGGCUGCAUCUGGCAGAUGGAAAGGUUUGCAUUCAGAUCAUUGAACUUUUUAAGGGGGAUUUUAUCUUUGCAUUUAUGCAAUCGCUGCUCCGACCUACCGAAGUGUGUGCCCUGCUAGUGGGCUCAAGCUGCGGCAAUUUCAACAUCUUCUCUGACUGGAAUGUUAGCCUGCCCAAUUUGCCCAAGCCUCCUGUGGUACCGCCAACCCCUCCCAAGCCAGGCUCCCCUCAGAACCGUGUUCUUUUCCUGACUGACAUCCACUGGGAUCGUGACUAUGCAGAAGGCAGCAAUCCUGACUGCAAAGACCCAUUGUGCUGUCGAAAUGUGAUGGGACAGCCAUACAGACAUCACAGGGGUGCAGGACGCUGGGGCUCUUACAGCAAGUGUGACCUGCCCCUCCGCACUGUGGAGAGCCUCUUGUUGCACCUGGCAGAGAGUGGCCCCUGGGACUGGGUGUACUGGACAGGAGACAUCCCUGCACACAAUGUUUGGGCUCAGACACGAGCCCAGCAACUAUUAGAACUCAGCACCAUUUCUCAGCUUAUCCACAAGUAUCUAGGUGAUGUGCCGGUGUACCCAGCUGUGGGAAAUCAUGAGAGCACGCCAGUCAAUAGCUUCCCACCACCCUUCAUCCGGGGAAAUCAUUCAUCAGCAUGGUUGUAUGACCGAAUGGCAGAAGAAUGGGGGGCCUGGCUACCAGCUAAGGCUCAGGAAACAAUCAGAAUAGGGGGAUUCUAUACUGUGAAGGUACAAUCUGGAUUACGUUUGGUUUCCCUCAACAUGAAUUUCUGUGCCAAGGAAAAUUUCUGGCUCUUGAUAAAUGCAACAGAUCCAGCGGGGCAGCUACAGUGGCUCAUCAAUAUCCUGCAAGAAUCUGAGAGCAAAGGAGAGAAGGUUCAUAUAAUUGGUCACAUCCCACCAGGCUUGUGUCUGAAGAGCUGGAGCUGGAACUACUACAGGAUUGUCAAUAGGUAUGAGGGUACCAUCACAGGACAGUUUUUUGGACAUACACACCUAGAUGAAUUCCAGAUGUUUUAUGAUGAAGAAACUCUCAGCCGACCAGUGUCUGUGGCGUUUAUUGCUCCCAGUGUCACCACCUAUGUGAACCUCAACCCAGGCUACCGGGUCUACAUACUUGAUGGUGAUUACCCUGGCAGUUCACACCUGGUUGUGGACCAUGAGACCUACAUCCUGAACUUGACCGAGGUGAAUAAAAAUGUUGCCCCCCCUCGCUGGACUCUUCUGUACCGUGCACAGGAGCACUAUGGAUUGAAAUCUGCACUCCCUGCAGACUGGGAUGGACUGAUAGGGAGCUUCCUUCAAGACGACCGUGCCUUUCAGCACUUCUGGUACCUUAACCACAAGGGUCACAUAUCAGAGCCUUGUCACAAUAGUUGCAAAACAGCAGCUCUCUGCUUCCUGCGCACAGGCAGAUCAUGGGACCCUCAACUUUGCAGAAGUCUCACCUCUGCACACUUCAUAGAGAUUGCUGAAAUCUGGAGACAGAGGGACAUGUGUUGAAUGUCCUGAUCAGUAGCUUGCACUAUUAGCUGAAGAGCAUGAUGGUCUGAACUUCUUGCCAAAGUAAUUUUUAGAAGAAAAUAAUAUAUUGAUGAGAUUAUUGGAUCAUUUAUUAUUUUUGUUGUGUUUUUGAGCAGAAGUUGGGUAGCUUCAAAUAGCAUUUUAUCAGUUUGUUACUAAUAAAGACAUGAUUUUGUGAGACCA